UGGUUGAAAAACUAUAACGUGUCUGUAAAAUAAGGAAGUGAAGCAGAGUCGCUUGUUUGGAUCAAACGUGAGUGACGUAGUCAUGCGACGUCUUUUCUUUAGUUUUAACAGAUUCAAACAUGAGUGACCUUUCCCUUAACCCUCUUGUUCUGAUUGGCAUUGGGUCCAGUUUUGCAUUUUCUGGCCUCUUUUAUAAUUUAUAUCAGAAAAAAAGACAGGAGGUGGAUGAGCUGAAGAAAAUACCAUCUUUUAGACCAGAUCAGCAUUUGGUUAAAGUACUGAAGGCGUCUCGGCACAGCAGACUUCAAUACGUUGCUGUUGAAGGUGUGGUCCAACCAGAUGGAGAGCCUCUGGCAAGCCGGUUUAAGCCAAGAUGCUUUGGAGUAAUUCAGAAGAUAAUGAUGCAGGAGAAAUGGAAGUACUGGAACUCUGUCAGCAACAGCUGGAUAGAAAAGACGACCAACAAGACGGAGACCAACAACUUUGUGCCUUUCAGCCUUGUUAGCUCUGAAUCCUACAUUCCUGAUGUUUAUGUCAAAGUUCAAGAUCCUCUGGAGGCCUCAAGUGGUAUCCUGGAGACCGUUCACCACAGAAUUAGACGUGCCGAGGAGGGAUUGGUGGAGAUAGCUGUGCAGGGUCUGACGGGUGAGAAACCUGUGGCGCUGGAGGAGGUGGAGAAGCUGCUUCGUGUGGGGACCACUGUGACAGGCUUUGGAGAGCUGGUGCUGGAAGGGGAUCAGGUGAUAAGGCUGCAGGCCCCAAAGGACGGCCGCAAGUAUUUCCUGACGCCCACCGACCACAAAGGCUUCAUCGGCCAACACGAGGGAGUUGCUAAGAUGUGGCAGUCAUUGUCUGCCAUAACGGGGAUCACAGGUGCCGCCAUCCUCACUACUGUUGUGUACAGUUACUUUGAAAAGAAGGAUGACAGGUCCGAAUAGGCUUGAGGAUGCAGAGGUGUCCAACCUGCCCAGGUGUUUUUUUUUGCUUUAUUGAAAACCUGCCCAGGUGGUGCCACAGCUAGCGCUGCUUCAGGGGUCCACUGCACAUUCCUGAUGCUAAACUAAUGCAUUUGUAUUUUAAUUGAAUAUUUUUCCCCAUAAAGUGUCCUGUUUGACAGGGCACAUGAAAAUGCACACAUUACAAAACCUUCCAAAAAGCAUUCCAUGAAAUUAUAAAUAUAGAAAAAACCAAAUGAGCUGGAAAUUUAAUUCCAAUUUACAAGAGAAUUUUUUAAAAUUUGUUUAAUCAGAAAUUGUCUAAAAAUAUCUGUAUGAAACAUUGAGUCAUUCCUUUACUGGUCUGGAUUACUUGUCCAAAAAUUAUCAUCUAAUAUAAAUAUAAUUUAAUAAUUUGAAAUAAAAUGUGAACAAACUCACACCCAAAAGGACCAAAUGGGAAUAUAGCAAGCAUCUAUAAAAUAAAAUGCAUACUUGUUCCUCAAUUUAGAACAUAAAAUGAGUCAAUAUAAAACUAAUUACAAAUUUUAACUUGACGUCUGUAGUUCCAAAAUAAGAUAUUUUAUUAGUUUUAACGUAUUUUGUUUUUCUAGCUGCUGAAUUCUGUGGGUGUUACAAUCUCUUUUUCUUUUACCUUGGAUUAUUUUCAUUUAAUCUUACUUGAAACAGAUGUAUGAGGGAUGAGCGGUGUUUUCUGAUUUUAGGGUGAAACUUGUUCCGUGUCAAACAUUCUCUUAUGGUUUUUAUAAAUGUAUCUCUUGUGUUUGAGCCAACAUUUUCUGAAGGUCCAACUCGUUUGCAGUAGGUGAUGACUAAAUAAAGCAACAGCUUGAUCCUGAUG